AUGGAAUCGGAAGAAUACCCAGCCGAAGUCAUUCUCGAAGCGAUCGACACUAUGGCCACUUCCCAGCAACAAUCCUCCACUCCCAAGCGGCCCAAGGUGAUUUUGUUUGACAUUGGCGGCGUGUGUGUCAUCUCCCCCUUCCAAUCUAUCCUCAACUACGAACUCCGCCUCGGCAUCCCCCCAGGCUGGGUCAACUACUCCAUCUCACGCACCGCCCCGUCGGGUUUCUGGCACCGUCUCGAAACCGGCAGCAUCCCGCUCGACGCAGCCUUCUUCGAGGGCUUCAACCGCGACCUGCACGAUCCCGCGCGCUGGGAAGCCUUCUACCGCGCCCAGCACCAAGCGCGUCAGCCUUCUUCAUCCUCCCCCUCCUCGACUAAGGACCUCCAAAUCCCCCCUGUCCCCCAACUCGACGGCGAAUGGCUCUUCAACGACAUGAUGACCUCCGCCACGGCCCCCGACCCCUGGAUGCUCCCCGCGCUUAAGGCACUCCGCGCCAGCGGCGAGUACAUUGUUGCGGCGCUCAGCAACACGGUCAUUUUUCCACCUGGUCACCCGCUGGCUACCUGGGGCGGCGGCGACCAAGGGAGUAGCACCACCACCACCAGUACCACCGCCACCAGCAGCAGCACCAACACCAGCACCAGCAGCAACAGCACAGACACCGGCAACAACAACAUAGAAGACUUCGUCUCGAACGACCCCCUCCGCCAACUCUUCGACGUCUUCGUCUCCUCAGCCCACGUAGGUCUGCGCAAGCCCGACCCGCGUAUCUACCAGCUCGCCCUAGACCGCGUAGACGCCUUUGCGCGAGCCAACGCGGAUACAGAACGCGGUCAGCGAGCCGCAGCCGCCCUCACAGCAGCAGCUGCACUCCCAGGGAAUGGAGGAGGGGGAUGGAAAGAAGGCGUGCGCGCAGACGAGGUGGUCUUUCUGGAUGAUAUCGGGGAGAAUUUGAAAGCGGCGAGGGCGGUGGGGUUUGGGACGAUAAGGGUGCCGUUGGGGAGGGCGUAUGAGGCGGUGGAGGCUUUGGAGGGGGUUACGGGGUUGAGGCUGGCGGGAGGGCAUCCGAAGGUGCCGGUGAAGCCGGAUUAUGGUGGGGGGAGAUCGAAGAUAUAA